CUGAGACACGGAGGAGCUCUCCUGCGCGGGGCAUGUUCGGGGGGGGAGGGAGGGGGCUGCAGGUUGACCUUCCCAUCCCCGAAGUCCCCCCUUGCCCCCCCCAGCCCAUGGGUGCCCCCCCCCCCUCCUCCCGCGCCGAGGACGCCGAGCCGGAGGCAGCGCUGAGCCGGAUGCGCAGCGGCUCCCCGCAGCCCUCCGCGCGAGCCGGCCGCUCCUCCUGAUGCCUUCGCGGGAGCCGGAUGGACGGACGGACGGGCAGCCAGAGGGCAGAGCGCGGUGACGCCGCGGCAGCCACCACGGAGAGGACACAGGACCCCCCCCUGGGCCCACCGUGCCCCUUCGAGGGGGUGGCCUGGAGCCCGAGACCCCCCCAGGGCCCCCCCCAGGGCUGCUUUGCCUGCAUCGCCAAGCCCCCCGCUCUCCGGCAAGCUUCGCCCAUCCUGUCCCCUUCUUCUGCCGUUUAUCUCAUGGAGAGCAAGAGCUGCAAAGGGGACAGUCUGCGGCCGGCAGUCCCGUGCAAGCACUCGGUGGAGAAGAAGACAAUGACCAACCCCACCACCGUCAUCGAAAUCUACCCCGACACCACCGAGGUGAACGACUACUAUCUCUGGUCCAUCUUCAACUUUGUAUACCUCAACUUCUGCUGCCUCGGCUUCAUCGCCUUGGCCUAUUCAUUGAAAGUCCGGGAUAAGAAACUCCUCAAUGACUUAAAUGGGGCAGUCGAAGAUGCCAAGACAGCCCGGCUUUUUAACAUCACCAGCUCAGCCCUUGCCACAUUCUGUAUCAUCCUUAUCUUCAUCUUCCUGCGAUACCCCCUCACUGACUACUAGAGUGAGGCCAACAGCAGUGGCCACCGCCAAAAUGCCUCUAUGCCAGAAGUGUCUGCGGUUGUUUCUUGUAGCAAGGACGCAAAAAAAAAAACCCACCAAACAAACAAGAUCCAAAAAACAAACACUCCAUCUUGAUUGCAAAAAAAAAAAAAAGUACAUAAAUAAAAAUUAAAUGAGUUUUAUCAGCCCAGCUGAGCAUACCCUGCCUGCCCCCAAACAGUACGUGAACUGCUGUAGGAAAGGGUCUUACUCGUACACAUGUACAGGGAGAAAAAUAGACUAAGAAAUAUUUAUUUUAUGGCCAACAAGGCGUGUGACAAGAGUGUGCAAAGCACAGAGCGAGGCGCAGCUAGCGGCCGGCAGCUGAGCUCUGCCUGGAGGAGCGGUGGGGUCCUGCUGAGCGGCAGGCACAUGCGGUGAUGGAUGGGGACCACUGGGGACCACGGCAGGGCUGGCUCACAACAUAUCAGGUGUGUUCAGACCGUCCCACUGCCCCCCAGUGCUGAGGGGGUUUCUUUUCCUCUUUUGGAUUUCAUCCCCUGGUUCAAACAACUCCCAACCCCCGGGGAGCUGAGGGUGUUAGGAUGUUCAUGCUAGGAAGCCCCAAAGCCUCCAGAGACACCCCAAAGCGUAAAGGGCAGGUUUCUCCUCGGGAUCUCCCGGCAGAGUGGAGAAGGAAGGCACCUUCUGGAGAACUCGCCUAAGUCCCCUAAACUGAGUGCUACUGUAUUUCUGUAAAUGGUCAAUAAAAGAUACCUCUGAUAUCAGA